AUGCCGAACUGUCCGCCCCGGCGGCGGCUGCUGCUGCUGCUCUCGCUUUGGGAACUGCUGCCCCGGAGGGCGGAGACAGGCUUUGAGGGGCAGACGGCGGGAGAGUUGUACCAGCGCUGGGAACGCUACCGCAGACAGUGUCAGGAGACCCUGGAGACCGCGGGGCCCCCAGCAGGCCUCGCCUGUAACGGGUCCUUCGAUAUGUACGUCUGCUGGGACUACGCUGCACCCAACGCCACUGCUCGUGCGUCCUGCCCCUGGUAUCUGCCCUGGCACCACCAUGUGGCUGCAGGCUUCGUCCUCCGCCAGUGUGGCAGUGAUGGCCAAUGGGGACCUUGGAGAGACCAUUCUCAGUGUGAGAACCCAGAGAAGAAUGGGACCUUUCAGGACCAAAGGCUGGUCUUAGAACGGCUACAGGCUGUGUACACCGUGGGCUACUCCGUGUCCCUGGCCACGCUGCUGCUCGCCCUGCUCAUCCUGAGUUUCUUCAGGCGGCUGCGCUGCACUCGCAACUACAUCCACAUCAAUCUGUUCGCGUCUUUCAUGCUGCGGGCGGCAGCCAUCCUCACCCGAGACAGGCUGCUGCCUCCCCCUGGCCCCUCCCCCGGGGACCAGGCUCCUCCCCUUUGGAACCAGGCUCUAGCCGCCUGCCGAACAGCCCAGAUUGUGACCCAGUACUGCGUGGGCGCCAACUACACGUGGCUGCUGGUGGAGGGCAUCUACCUGCACAGCCUUCUGGCGCUCGUGGGAGGCUCCGAGGGGGGCCACUUCCGCUGCUACCUGCUCCUUGGCUGGGGGGCCCCCGCGCUUUUCGUCAUUCCCUGGGUGAUCGUCAGGUACCUGUACGAGAAUACGCAGUGCUGGGAGCGGAACGAUGUCAAGGCCAUUUGGUGGAUCAUACGCACCCCUAUCCUGAUGACCAUCUUGAUUAAUUUCAUCAUCUUUAUCCGCAUUCUUGGUAUUCUCCUGUCCAAGCUGAGGACGCGGCAGAUGCGCUGCCCGGACUACCGGCUGAGGCUGGCUCGCUCCACGCUGACGCUGGUGCCCCUGCUGGGUGUCCACGAGGUGGUGUUUGCUCCCGUGACGGAGGAACAGGCCCGGGGCGCCCUGCGCUUGGCCAAACUCGGCUUUGAGAUCUUCUUCAGCUCCUUCCAGGGAUUGCUGGUCAGCGUCCUCUACUGCUUCAUCAACAAGGAGGUAGGGAGAGUCCCGGCCCGCCGCCCGCGCCCUCUGGCGGCCGCGCAGCGAACGGCGCGCCCGGCGCCGCCUCUGAGCGCCGUCCCGUUGCAGGUGCAGUCGGAGAUCCGCCGUGGCUGGCACCGCUGCCGCCUGCGCCGCAGCCUCCGCGAGGGGCAGCGCCAGCCCCCCGAGCGCGCCUCUGGGACCCUGCCCUUGGGGUCCGGACCCAGCCAGGUCGCCACUGGCCGCACCCUAUCCUCGGGGACCCUCCCAGGGUCCGGGGAUGAGGCCAGCCGGGUCUUGGAAAGUUACUGCUAGGCAGCCGGAUUCCCGUGUUCAUUCGGUUAGCAUGUAUUUAUUGAGCGCCUACUGCGUACCAAGCCCUGUGUGGAGGGCAUGGGGAAAUGAGGGGUAAGGGAACGAGACAGGUCCCUGUCUUCCUAGAGUUCACAAUUAGGUGGUGGAAACAGACCGCGAAAACAAUGCACCAAGUUUAUAUACACUGUGGAAUAGCUUAUGAAAAAACUCGAAGGGGUCCUAAGGUGGUCUGGGAGGGUGUCUCUGAGGAGGUGACUUUAAACCAUGACUGCAAGAGGUGAAGGAGACAGCUUUGGGAAGAACUGGCAGACAAGAUCCUAGGCAGAAGGAACAGCAUCUGCAAAGGCCCUGGGGUCAGGAAGGAGCUCGGCCCUCUUAGGAACAGCGAGGUGGCCUGCACAGCUGGAGUGGCAUGAGUCAGAGCCACCUACUGGGGAGAGAGCAAUGGGAAGGGGCACAGAGGUUGGGGUUUUGUUCCAGGUGCACUGAAAAUUCUUAGGAGCAUCUCAUGGGCUAAUGUUUUAAACAGUCUUCUGUCUACCCUGUAGGGGACCAAUUAGGGGUAGGGGUGGAAGCUGGGAGCACUGUGAGCAGAAUGUAGGUGGGAGGAGAUGGUGGCUGGACCAGGCGGGGGCCACGGAGGGGUGUGCAGUGGUUGGAUUCUCAAGCUAUUUUAAAGGCGGAACUAAGGAUCUGGCAAUGGAGUGCACGAGGAAAGUGUAGCGUUCUUUGACUUGUACCAGGACCAAGGGUCUGGAGCUCGUGGGAGAGGUCAGAGCUGGGGACAGAAAUGUGAGUGACACUGGGGUCCAGAAAGGGUUGUGUGUGUAGAUAUGAAUAUCGGCAAUUCGGGGAAGGCCAAGAGAGCUGAAACCCGACAUCCAGAGAGGCCGGACCACUGCGAGCUGUGGAGUGUGGCUGCACAUCCUGCCCGCCCCUCCCUGCCCCCAGGUGGCCCCUGGGAACUGGGAGAAUUUUGGGGAAGCCAACGGCUUCAUUGUAGCUGGACCACCUGCACACAUGCAAGACCCUUAUUGUUAACCCCCCCAGAUACACACUUAGGUCAUUAGUUCCUGGGUCUUGUUAUUUUCCUUGGGGUCCCCAGCUCCCUGGACAGACACUGAGAGUCCUUUAAGCAUGAGGUGGCCCUGCUGUGCCCCCAUUGUGAGUUCUGGGAAGGCAGGGACCCUAGGGCAGGGCCCUCAUAAAUAAAGCAUGAGAAACAGCUUUUCGUUUUUUGCUUUGUGGGGUGAAUCCUGGAGAGGCCACUGAGGGAAAUGACUGAGGCGGGCUGCACGACUUGGUGCCUGUGGUGGCCUCACGGCCCCUGGAGGGCAGCACUGCUCAUCUUCAGCCACAAGUUGCCACAAGAAGACGGACAUCGUGCUGCCACUGUCGCCCCUAAGAGAAGCCCCAACUGGAGAUGUUCACAUGACCUCCUGAUACUUGGCCAUUUGCAGUGUAUACAACUGAGUGUGUGCACGCGCCAAACGUUCUCCGAGGGCUUUUUCCCUAGGAAGGCAGUGUGAGCGAAGCUGCAGGAGGCAGCCUGGUUCAAAUCUUAGUUUGGCUACUUAUUAGUGGCGUGGCUCGGGGGAAAUUCUCAGCGUGUCUGUGUGUCAGUUUCCACUUCUGGAAAAUGGGUUCCCUUGCCUGUCGCUCUUAGGGGACCGCCUGGUGCGCGAUGCACAGCGAACACUUGGCCCGUGUGCCCAGUGCUGUUCCCGUGACCUCUGCUUUCGCUUUCACCAACGAAGGGAGAGGCGAUAAGCAACCAUUUGGACGGGGAGGUGAGGACGGAAAUUCAGACUGAUGCCAAGCAGGGUGCCGGGCUGGAAUCUUUGCCGCCCGCCUGCC